UUUUUCUUCCGCGUUCGACUCCAAGCCAGACACUGAAACAAGAGUAGCAUCGUCAGUUUUCGCCAGGACAUCAGUUUCCCGCGCUAUAAUACAACCUGAAGAACCCUAACACCACUUCUUACUCGUCUUUUCCAGGAAGCUAAAAUGUAGAACAUUAAUAAUAAUUUUUAAAGUGAAAAACAAAAGUAUUAUUAAAUGAUUCCAAACACUAAUAAUCAAAUAAACAAAAAAAAAUUUAAAUAUUAUUUUAAAGUCUACAAAACCAUGAGCCAACCCUCUCUGUCAUUUCUUCACUUCCAACAACUAUGGCCGCCGCAGCAGCUUACUAUUCCUCCUUUUUCCCAAACCAACCAUUCAAACUAAACACGACCACUUAUCCUUCUUCCUUUAAACUUCAUUCGCUCUCUAUCACUGCCUCCACUAACAAUGCGCCAAUCAAGGGUGGCAAGCUACGCGUCGCCGUGAUUGGCGGGGGCCCCGCUGGUUCCUCCGCGGCCGAAGCUCUCGCCUCCGGCGGGAUCGAGACGUAUCUUUUCGAACGGAGCCCUUCCACUGCCAAACCCUGUGGAGGGGCCAUCCCUCUCUGCAUGAUGGAUGAGUUCUCCAUCCCCGUCCACCUCAUCGAUCGCCAUGUCACUAAGAUGAAGAUCAUCUCCCCAUCAAAUCUCUCCGUCGACUUUGGAUCCAAGUCUCUCCGCCCUCAUGAGUCUAUCCCCAUGCUCCGUCGGGAAGUCCUCGACUCCUUCCUUCGCUCCCGUGCCCAAUCCAGUGGCGCCCACUUGAUCGAUUCACUCGUCACGCAUCUCGAGGUUCCCACCUCCCUCUCCGCCUCAUCUUCUCCCUACAUCGUCCACUACACGGUCAACAAUUCCCGAAGAACCCUCGCCGCCGAUGUGGUGAUCGGUGCCGACGGAGCAAACAGCCGCGUCGCCAAGUCCAUAAAUGCCGGAACCUACACCUGCGCAAUGGCCUUUCAGGAGCGAAUCAAGCUGCCGGAUGAUAAAAUGGAGUAUUAUUGUGACCUGGCCGAGAUGUACGUCGGGGAAGACGUGUCGCCCGACUUUUAUGCGUGGGUAUUUCCAAAAUGUGACCAUGUGGCGGUGGGAACGGGUACGGUUCGUGCCAAGCGGGAUUUAAAAUUGUACCAGAGAGGGGUCAAGGAGAGAGUGAAAGAGAAGCUAAAAGGUGGAAGGGUGAUAAAAGUGGAAGCCCACCCAAUACCGGAGCACCCGCGGCCUGUGCGGGUGUGUGGACGGGUGGCGCUGGUAGGGGAUGCGGCGGGGUACGUCACAAAGUGCUCGGGAGAAGGCAUAUACUUCGCGGCGAAGUCAGGGAGAGUGUGCGGAGAAGCGAUUGUGAAAGCAUCGGAAGGAGGAGAAAGACUAAUAAGCGAGAAGGAUCUGAAGAGGGAGUACUUGAAAGAGUGGGAUAAGAUGUACUUGAACACGUUCAGGUUUCUAGAUUUGUUGCAGAGGGUGUUCUAUGGGAGCAACGCGUCCAGGGAGGCGUUGGUGGAGGUGUGUGGGAAUGAGUACGUGCAGCGUAUGACAUUUGAUAGCUAUCUAUACAAGAAGCUGGCUAGGGGGGAUAGAUGGGAGGAUGUGAAGAUGGUGUUGAACACUUUGGGGAGUUUGAUGAGAUGUAAGAUUGUGGAGAGGGAGAUGACGCAGAUAGGCCCAGUCGCAGAGGGGUUUUUCUUGUAGCUUUAUUUUUUUUAGUUCACUUCGUUUUCUCUCGUCUCCUGUACUUCAUUUCAGCUUGUAUUUCUCUUCAUUAUUGGGAAUUGGACCUCCCUAUAUUUUCCUGUUAUA